UUGAAUCCGGGAAGAGCUGGAGUCCUAGGGCAAAGAGGACCCUAGGGCACCCUAUUUAAAGACCCCACGACCCCCUUCAGCUCUCCACCGGCUAACAUUGAGCCCUUUUGUCCAUCUUUUCUCCUAUUGAAGCCGCGGCCUCUCGUUCUUGCGCCCGCCGGAAACCGAGGCCGGAGACGCCACUGGAGCUCAAGCCGCCGGCGUCACCUUUCCUUGAAGGUGAGCACUAAUCCGAGUACCCCAGUCUCAUCACGAUUCUUCCCGAUGGUGCCAUGGCCGUCGAUGACCGCAUAACAGCCGGAAAAAUCAAGAAAAGUCUGGGUGCCCUGUUUUUCGAGCCUUUUCCAUGGCUUCUCAUCGGCCGAACCUCGCCAUCGGCCAUCCCUUGCCCCAUCGCCGUUGGCCGCCUGCUGUCGUGGCCUGCCGCUGGUCUUCCGGCCAAGAACCACCGCCCCUUCCUCCCCUGUUCGCCCAAGAAAAGAAGAAAAGAAAAGAAAAGAAAAGGAAAAGAGUUUAGAUGCUCUAUGGUUUUCUUUGAACCGGAGAGGUCCAAGAAAUCAUCCCCUAUUUGUUUAUCGUGCAAUAUCAGGUGAUUGGACAGGAUGUGCAUGCCCUGCACUAUUUAACCACCUUCCACAGUGUGAUAUACAAAUGGUGGGUAAUUAAACCAGAUCCUCCAUCAAUGGGAGUGGAUCUAGACUCAGAUGGGUCAUGGGAAAUUGGUGGACCCCUACAUUUAGACAGGAUAUGCUUCAUGUUCAACUAUUCUGCAUCAACUUUGUCAUUUGCUUCUCUGCUGGACUCCGGUCACCCCAUGGAAUGAGUGAUGCCUUGCGCCAAUCUCAUCCACAUAUGUUUGGUCUCUACAUAUUUGCGGAGUUUCUGGCUUUGCUUUUCUCAGUGUCCGCACUCAUAAUAUUUGCCAUCUUUGCUCUCCGCUCUGCUACUUGCGUUCCAUACGAUGUAGCUCUGCUUUCUGCGUUAGCUCUGGGAUCAUAUUCUGUGCUCCUCGUCUCCUACGGCUGGUUUCUCUUCUCGCUCCCUGUACGUGGUUUAAUCUACUGGCUGAGCAGGGAGCGUUCAGGUAUGGAUCCGACGGCGCUGGAGGUGUUGAUAUCUAAACCUGCGAGCGUAGGUUCCAUCGUCACGGUACUUCUGUAUUGCCUGAGCCUUGGGAUGCAGUCUAUUGCUAGUUUUGCUGGCCUUCGCAGUACGAUGACGCCGCAUGCUAUCAUCAUCGUCACCAUCAUAUCGCUGCAGUGCGGCGUCUCAACUCUGACCCACUCCCACCCGCCACAGCUCGAGACCCUUGCAGCACCUACUCUGAUGUCAGAGCCGUAGUGAGAGUCCCCGCUGUGAGUGAUGCCUGUGAAGAAUAAUUGGUGCUUUGAGUUCUUUGUUAUGUGUUUCUGGACUAAUGUAGAUGUUGUGAACUUUUGCUUUCUGUUCAAGUUACAAUUUAGUGAGUUU